GCAACACGCUUAUAUGCUACUUUGUGGACCGACACGCUGGCCGCUUUUAACGUGUUUCUAGAGUUGUGCCGUGACUACUUUGGGAGCAGGCGGCACCCUCGUACCGUUUCGUCGUCCGCCCCUUUCAGGAAGAAACUCGUUUGCUCAUUUGCUACGUGUCCAAAGUCCACCGUCUCAUCCGAACUGUGCUCCAACUUUACGCGCUGCUCGAUUUAAACACUGCGUUUAAUCACUAGAAUUAUGUCUGGGACCAAAAAGCAGAAAACGGGUCUCCAAAGGGCAACCAAUGUUGUGUACCAGGCUCACCAUGUAAGCAGGACCAAACGAGGCCAAGUUGUAGGAACCAGAGGAGGCUUUCGGGGGUGCACAGUCUGGCUGACAGGGCUGUCGGGUGCGGGGAAAACAACUGUCGGCUUCGCUCUGGAGGAGUAUUUGGUUUCCCAUGCCAUUCCAUGCUAUUCCCUGGACGGUGACAACAUUCGGCAUGGCCUGAACAAGAACCUGGGCUUCAGCGCGGCAGACCGUGAGGAGAACGUCCGGCGUAUUGCCGAAGUGGCCAAGCUCUUCGCCGACGCCGGUCUAGUUUGUAUCACUAGCUUCAUUUCUCCCUUCACUAAGGAUCGAAACGAAGCAAGGAAGAUCCAUGAGAGCUCACGCUUGCCGUUCUUCGAGGUGUUUGUGAAUGCACCACUAGAGGUGUGUGAAAGCAGGGAUGUCAAGGGACUUUACAAAAAGGCUCGUGCUGGAGAGAUUAAAGGCUUCACUGGGAUUGACUCGGAUUAUGAGAAGCCAGAUUCUCCAGAGUUGGUUCUGAAGACUGGAGAGCUCACAGUGAAUGAGUGCAUUCAGUCCCUGGUGGAGCUCCUGAAGGACCAGGGAAUUGUGCCCAGUGGUGUGACAGAGGACGUUAGUGAGCUGUUUGUCCCCGAAAACAAGCUGAACCUGGCCCUAAGUGAUGCCAACAUUCUGCCCACCAUAGCCAUCACGAAGCUGGACCUGCAGUGGGUUCAGGUGCUGGCUGAAGGAUGGGCCACACCUCUGAAGGGCUUCAUGAGGGAGAGAGAGUACCUGCAGGUCCUACACUUCAACACCCUAAUUGAUGGUGGCACCAUCAACCUAUCUGUGCCCAUCGUGCUGCCAGUAUCCAAGGAGGUCAAAGACAAGCUGGAUGGCUGUGCUGCUUUCGCUCUGGAGUACAAAGGCUGCAGGGUGGCCAUCCUGCGCAACCCUGAGUUCUACGAGCACCGUAAGGAGGAGCGCUGUGCUCGCCAGUGGGGCACCACAUGUCCCCAGCACCCUUACAUCAAGAUGGUUAUGGAAGGAGGUGACUGGUUGGCUGGUGGAGAAUUGGAGGUGCUGGAGCGAAUCAGAUGGGAUGAUGGUCUGGACCAAUACCGGCUCACUCCAAAGGAGCUCAGACAAAAGUUUAAGGAAAUGGGAGCAGAUGCCAUCUUCGCCUUCCAGCUACGCAACCCAGUGCACAACGGACAUGCGCUGCUAAUGCAGGACACCAAGCAGCAGCUGCUGCAGCGGGGCUAUCAGCGGCCCAUGCUGCUGCUGCACCCGCUGGGCGGCUGGACCAAGGACGAUGACGUGCCGCUGGCCUGGCGCAUGCGUCAGCACGCCGCCGUCCUCGAAGAGGGCGUGCUCGACCCAGCCGGCACCAUCGUGGCCAUCUUCCCCUCACCCAUGAUGUACGCGGGCCCCACAGAGGUGCAGUGGCACUGUAGGUCCAGAAUGGUCGCCGGUGCUAACUUCUACAUCGUGGGCCGUGACCCAGCUGGCAUGCCCCACCCGGAGACCAAACAGGACCUUUAUGAGCCAACACAUGGUGGCAAAGUGCUAACCAUGGCACCAGGACUCACAUCCCUGGAGAUUAUUCCUUUCAGAGUUGCAGCUUACAAUAAAAUGAAGAAAGCAAUGGAUUUCUAUGACCAGGAGCGGCACGAUGAGUUUGAGUUCAUUUCUGGAACCAAGAUGAGGAGGCUGGCCAGCAGUGGGGAGAACCCUCCGGAAGGUUUUAUGGCCCCAAAGGCAUGGAAGGUCCUCACAGAGUACUACAGCUCCCUGCAGAAAAAUUAAACGUGGAUGCCAGUACAAUUCCAGUUCACAAAAGGCAACAGCCAAAUGUAAUCUUGAAAGAAAAAUACAACAUGUAGAUUUCAAGUCCUGUAUUUAUAAGUCCUGUUAACUCUAAGAUGGUUUUAUAUCGCUUCUAUGUAAUAUUUAAGGCUUCUUUUAAAAAAAAUAUUUUUGCGCUUUAGAGAUUAUGUGAAGCAGAUUGUGGGGCUUUGAGUUUGAGACAGAUUUUGCUAAUAGGUAGUGUUUUAAUUAUUAGAAAACAUCUGAAGUAAAUGGAUUUCAGGAGUUAAGCCAAAGCUAAACAACAGAAUCUGCCUAAAUCAUAUGGCUGGGUGAAGCGAAUUACUGAGAUUAAGGUCUUUUUUUUGCUGCUAAUCAGAUGGUUUCUGGUGAUAUUUGUUUUUAUGAAAAUGACAUUGGUUAUAGUAUAUAAACCUCAAUGGAAGAAUUAUACAAGGGUCAGUCUGCAGACAUUACGAAAGGUUCUUCUAAGCUUAAAGCCCCAGGAAAAAUAAUGUAAAACCUUUUUAAAAAAAAAAUAGUUUGUAUGAUAAACAUCUAGUUUUGAAUAUAAAACCAAGAUGCUCAAAAACAGAUUUUGCCAAAAUCUGAAUUUGGCAAAUCAUACCUGAGAACUACCUGGAUGUGGCCCUUAUAUUCUAAUAAAGUAUGUAUGAUGCCCAUAUUUACACUAUUCAAGUGGAACUACAUGUGAUGUAAGGGGAUAAAAUAUUGAUGAAGGUACCUAACAAUACUGAUGUAAGAGUUUGUGGCCAGAAUUAUUACAGUAGGCUCUGCUUGCCAGGUUGGGUUUUUCUCACUAGGCUGCUUAGACUUGGAGAGACUUUUGAUAAGAGCUAUCUGAGAAGGACAAGCAAAAGCUGCUUCAUGAUUGGUGAAGGGAAACCAUCACAAGCUUUAUCCAGUAUCAACACUGCCUGAAUUAUACUGAACUGAAAGCCUUAUGAAGGACAUGUAGACAUUGGAAAGUCAUUUAUUCAUACUUUGUACAUUUGUGUGCCCAAAUUACUGAGGUUAACUGAAUUAGAACCUAAUCUGGGGGUUUGAAUUACUUGGGGCUUGGAGAUAUCUUGUAAUGUCCUAUAGAACCAUUCCAUAAUUUUCAGCAUAUUCUUUUUAUUAAAUUUUACAUAAAAUGUACUUAGUGCCUUUAGUGUAUUGCUAACACUACAUUUCAAUCAAAAAAAUUACAUUUUCUUACCCACUUGUAUUUGAAAGCCAUGUGUCGAAUUCUUGAUGAGCAUGCAGCUGGAUUCUUAAUGCAAGAACAAACUAUGCAACAAAGUCUUAAGUGAUUGGUGAGGGGAAUGUUGUAGGAGUUCUCUGCACAUAUCUUAUCCUCCUUCAUUAAGUGCAUUAUGAUCCAUAUUUAAAACAUUUAUUGGUAUGUAUUAAAUAAACAACGUACAUGUAUUUUUUCUAGUUUUCACAGGAAAUGAAUGUAGUUUUUACAUUAUAUUAGUUUAGGUACAAUUGUGUACAGUAAUAUUUCAUCGUUUAACUAAGAACAACAAAAUCCCUAAACAAUACAGAGGGGGAAAUGCCUUUAGUAAAAGCCAGUGGUGCUCAACACAAUGUUCUCGUGCAUGUAUGUAUGUGGGUGUGUAUGUUUCAAACUGUGAUUGUGUUACUCAGUCACAGUCACAUGUUAAAAAAAACAAAACCCUGAAGUUUAAUUUGUACUGUUGAUUAAACAUUGCAUUCUUAAUAUACACACACUUGUCACUUGAGGUACUUUUUGUCAGUGUUCACUCUAAUCUGCACACACACUGCAGAAGUUUUUUUAAAAACAUGUUCAGAAAAAGGGUAGCCCAUACCUUUUCCAUUCUCACACAUGGUUUAGGGGGAGGGGGUUGUGGUUGGACCUGAAACACUGAGCAUUUUGCAGCACAUGUUGGCUCAUUUGAGAAUGGCCCCACACUUGAACCUUACAAUCUUGUAAUAAUAUAAUAACAUUCGUUAAUGAUAUCCCUAUUUAUUGCCGUUUCAAAUAAAUAUACAGUAAAUACCACAUUACACAUCACAACAGCUCUCAGUUCUCUGGAUAACACUAAUUUAUACACAUACUUGAUAUUUUGGUGUAAAAAGCAGUGUACCUGUAAACAUAUUUCAGUAUGUUCAUGAUGAGAGGUUGUACAGUCCCUUUUAAUAGCAAAAACCCAAACCAGGGAUGCACUGAAAUCGAACCUUUCAAUAUAAAAGGAACUUAUACAUUACCUGAUAUGUUUCAAAUACUACUUUAAAUUCAAUUAUAGCACAAGAAACUAAUGGUAUACGUAUUACUUGUCAGGGUUCCAUAUGCUUUUAAAACAUCAUCUCUCACAUAACUCGAGACAUUUUGUGGAGUAACAAAUACUUGGGGAACUGAAUGCCUAAAUGCCAGGAAGUGUUAAAGUGUUUACACAAAAGGAGCUCAGAGGAAGUGAUCACACAUUCAGUUUCAAAGCACACAUAACUGGGGCAUCUCCUUGUAGAACCAGUUUUUGUACUGAUGUGUUAAAAAAGACAAAAGGAAGAAAGUAAUAAAAAAAAAAAAAAAAAAAAAAAAAAAAAAAA